AUGUGGAAGCUUGUCACAUUUGAAUUGGAGUUUUUCUGCAAAGAUUGCUGUGUUGCAAUUUGCCAUUCGUGCGUUGUCACUACUCAUGACGGUCACGCCAAGAUGCUUUUGGAAGAAGCUGCAAAUGAAAGAAAAUUACAAGCGAAGUCUGCGAUCGAAAAUCAGAGAAAAACAGCAUUGGCGAAAAGACGUGAAAUUGCUCGACUUGACUCGGACUGCGCCAAAAUUCAAGAACACGUCGCCAGUGUAAAGAAAAGCGUGCAACAGUUUGUAGACAACAUGAUGGCUGUUAUCGAGGCACAAAAGCAAGAAACCUUUGAUGACUUAGACAACAGAGCUGCAGAGUCCAUGCAUUGGCUGAGGAUACAAAGAGGUGAGAUUGAAAAGCAAGUGAAAAUAACUGAAACAAGCAUCGAAGCUACUGAGGCAAUUCUUCAACGGAAUAUGAGCGCUGAAAUCAUUCAGUCAAACCAAAUUAUAGAAGAAACAUUUCAGGGUCAAGUUGAGCCAGUUUAUCCUCGCAUUGGCAAUGAAAGCAUUGCAGAUUUUGGAUUUGUGAGAAAUCAACGAUUGUUUGAUCAUGUAUGGACUGACAGAAUUGGCUUUGUGAAAGUACUUCCUACUAGUCCAACUGAGUCGAGCGCCUCCGGAAAAGGAAUCAGUAAGCCGACCAUUGGACUAGAAGCAAACAUAAUGUUGACAACAAGAAAUGCUAAAGGAGAACAAUGUUAUGAAGAACGUGACUAUGUAACAGUGGAGAUCAAAAAUCAGGAAGGCCGUGACUGUGCAACGGAGACUCGAGUCCUGGAUAACAAAGAUGGUAGCUACAAGAUCAGCUAUUUUGCAAAAGACACCGGAAAAUGCCGUGUGUCUGUGAAGGUUAAUGGAGAGCACAUUCGUAACAGUCCCUGUGCUACUAAAGUAAAACCUAGACAGUUCAGACCCGUAUUAUCCUUCGGAAAAUAUGGUUCGGUCAUGGAAGAUUUUAGAUGUCCCUGGGGAGUAGCAGUGAACGAACGCGAUGAAAUUUUAGUCACUGACAAUGAUAACAACAGGGUCCAAUUAUUUAGUAGUGAUGGAACUUACUUAAGAUCAUUUGGGUCUAAGGGGGAUAAAGAGGGAGAGUUUAACUCGCCUAUAGGGGUUGCAAUCGGUAAUGAAAACGGAAUCAUCUUCAUAGCAGAUUCAGCUAAUCAUCGAAUUCAAAUUUUCAGUGGGCGGGGGGAGUUUCUGAGCAAGUUUGGUGGAAAGGGAAAUCUUGAUCACCAACUCAGCUAUCCUUACGGGUUAUCCAUCGGUAGUGACGGAAAUUGUAUUGUGGCUGAUAUCCUGGAUAACAAAGAUGGUAGCUACAAGAUCAGCUAUUUUGCAAAAAAAACUGGAAAAUGCCGUGUGUCUGUGAAGAUCAAUGGAGAGCACAUUCGUCAAAGUCCCUUUGCUGCUGAAGUAAAACCCAGACAGUUCAGACCUGUGUUAUCCUUCGGAAAAUAUGGUUUGGCCGAGGAAGAUUUUUCAUGUCCCUGGGAAAUAGCAGUGAACGAACUCGAUGAAAUUGCAGUCACUGAUAUCGGUUACAACAAAGUUCAGGUAUUCAGUAGUGAUGGAACUUACUUAAGAUCAUUUGGGUCUAGGGGGUAUAAAGAGGGAGAGUUUAACUCGCCUACAGGGAUUGCAAUCGAUAAUGAAAGCGGAAUCUUCUUCAUAGCAGAUUCAGUUACAAACCAAAUUCGACUUUUCACUGGGAAGGGGGAGUUUCUGAACAAGUUUGGUGGAGAGGAAAAUCUUGAUGACCAACUCAGCUAUCAUUGCGGGUUAUCCUUCGGUAGUGACGGAAAUUAUAUUGUGGCUGAUAGCGGAAAUGAGGAAAUUAACGUAUUUUCCCGUAACGGCCAGUUUCUCCGUAGUAUAGGCUCUGAGGGUUCUCUUUCUACACCCACUCACUGUAUCCAGUAUAAGGAAUAUUUUAUAGCGUCAGACUUUUCGGGACAUUGUAUCAAAGUUUUUGACAAAGCAGGACAUUUUCUGUACAAAUUUGGAAAGUAUGGAACAGGGGACGGGGAGUUCAAUGGACCUACUCGUUUGUCAAUUAACAAAGCUGAGCACCUGAUGGUCUGUGAUGCAGACAAUCAUAGAAUUCAGGUGUUUGAGGUGAAUGGAAAGUUUGUUGGAAAAUUUGGCUCAGAAGGAAAUAAGAUAGGACAGUUACGUAGACCAAUCUCUACAGCAGUCCUCAGUAAUGGUAGGAUAGUUGUUACUGACUCUCACAAUCAUCGGGUUCAGAUAUUUGAGUAGCCGUAUCUUCUGUUGUCUUAUAAUGAAGUGUUAUAAUAGUAAUAUCAUUUAUCUUUCGGAUUCUUUAAACAUUUUAUUGAUAGACGUGGAAGCUUCUUGUUACAUUUGUAGGUUGAAACUUGAAUUUUUAACAAUGUUUUACAACGUGCGCUCCAAUUGUAGCCAAGAAGAUUACACGCACAAACGAGUUCAAUGGACAUAGCUCUGUAUCCAAAGAGUUGAGUAUUAAUAUCAUAUAGGUUUGUUAAGUAUAUUAGUUUUUUUCUGAAAAAGAAUUCAGUUUGAUAAUUUAUAAAAGGAUGUUUGCAAGACUCAAUCUGGUGAUUGCUCAUGUACUCUCUGAGAUUGACUGUUGAACUCCAAGGGAGUAGGUAGUGGUCAGGGAAUUAAGAAUUUGUUCAUGCUUAGCGUGCGUAUAUCGAGUUAGGGAU